ACGGAGGCGGGCAGUUCGCUAGGCGGCGGGAGGCCGCCAUGGAGGAGAAGCUCCAGCGGGUUACUUUAUGGCUGAAGAAAAUAUAUGGGAAUCGGCCUGUUCCACAGUACGAAGUGAAUGCAAGGACAAUUGAUAUCUUGUAUGAGCUUGUAGAAUGCAAUGAAGCCAGAGACAGGGAUGUUUCUUUGCUGAUAGAGGACAUGAAGCAGAAGGCAACAGAAUAUGAAGCAGAAGCUAACUAUCUAGAGGGCCUUCUUGCAGAAAGCCUGGGUCUUUCCCUAUCCAGUCUGUCCAGCAAAGGCACCAGCUACCUCAGUGUCUUGGUAGACAGCGCAAUGACACUUGAAACGAAGGACACUUCUCUUGCUAGCUUCUUCUCUGCCAUCAAUGAUAUGACUUCGGAGCUGUAUGCAACAGAAUCAAAAAACAGAGAAAUGGAACUGGAAUUGAGCAACCUCAGGAAAAAACUAACUGCAGCGGUGAUGCUGGAAAAGCAGUUAGAGGAGGAUCUUAAAAAAGCAGAGGAACUUCUGGAGGUAGAAAAGGCCAAAGCUGACAGCCGAUCCCAGAACUUGAAGUUUCUGAAAAAUAAAUCUGAGGAUUUAAAAAUCAGGAUCAAGGCUGCUGAGGAGCAGCUUGCUGCCACGGGGUUGGACCAGUCGCUGACACACGAGUCGCUCAUGAGCCUGUCUGAGAAACUGGCUGGACUGCAGGAAGAAAUUGUGCCUUUGAAGAAGAAACUGGAGUCCUACCUAGAUUUAACUCCUAAUCCUUCCCUUGCACAAGUGAAGAUUGAAGAAGUAAAACGAGAACUGAAUGCCUUGGAGGCUGAGUUCUCAAAGCAGAUUGAUAUGCUGACUCUUGAGAUGCCAGAGCCCAGCAAACUCCAGUUCAGCUGAAGUGGCCCGUGUGGAAGAUUUUCCUUCUGUUGUCUAUUUAUUUGCACUAGUAAAACAUUUUGGAGUUCUUGCGUACUUCUGCAGCUUCCUGACUUACUCUUCUUGCUGUUGGAUGGCACAGUUGUGACCUUCCAGGAAGCAUGCUCAUUUUUAGGGGUUCAUGAUGCCUUGUAUUUGUAAACGUCACCUGUUUUUCAUAAAAUAACCCCCAAACUUACUGUUUUCUUUGUCAGUUCUUUCUCCAUAUGUGACACACACCUGUAACUGGACUCCAGAUGGCACCUUCACCAGGAGAUGUCCCUGUGAGGAUUUGUUUGACCAUUACCACUUUGAAUUGAACUGCUCAGGAAGUCUAGUUUUCUUCUUUUUCCCAGUCCAGGCUCUGGAUUGUGCUUUUUCCUGGAGUCCUCUCUUUGGUGGUACAAGUACAGUGAUGACAGACUUUCUUUACAUCUGCUAGGUCACUGGCUUUUGCUCCCUUGUUUUGUUUUCUCUUGUCAUUUCAGGGUUGGGGACACAUAAUUUUUUUUUUUUCCCACUAAUAGCUUGUGUGAUGUUUACUAAGUUUGUGAAGAUGAGUUCUAGAAUCAUGCCUGGAGUGCUGCUUAGUUUGAGCACUUUAAACAGAAGUGAACAGUUAAUUUUCUCCUUAAUGUCCUCAGCAGGGAUUUGAUAUGUGAAUCAAAGUGAACAAUAUGGAAAUUGUGAUCUAGGGCUCAGAAUAGGAGUUCCCAUUGCCUUCUAAAGCCCUGCAGCAUCCGAGACAGCCCACAGAGAAGAUUUUCUUGUGCGUGUGAUGCCUGUCUACCUUUGUGGAAAGAGGUCGAGCUCUGACCAUGUUUCACGUGGGUCGUAGUAUUGGCUUCACGGAUCAGCGAAUUGUACUGCUCACACAGGUAAGAGCUGAGGUGAGGUGUAGCAGCAUCAACCUCCUAAGGUUCAGUAGUUUUCGUUGAGAAAAUGGAAGCUCACGGCACUAACCUCUAAGGUUUGCCCAUGUUCAAGGCUCCGAGAGAUACCAGUCUACUGCCGACUACUUGUUGUUUCUCCUUACAUUAAUAAAUAAAGCUGAGCUAAGCACAUGGAAGUAGAAAAAUAGCUGUAUGGAUAGUGAAGCGAUAGCUUUAAAAACAAAACCCAGCUUUAUAGUAAGACCUUUCUAGGCCUGAAAAUACAUAAAUAUUUUUUUAGAACCACUGUGGGAUGUGAUCAUUCUGAAGCUAGAUUGUCCCUUCCAAUUCUACCUUAAAUGUCAUCUUCCAAAAGGGUCCCCAGAGCCCUCCUCUUACUUCCAUGCCACCACCACACCACCCUUAAAAACACCCCAGCUUUUAAAGUUGUUUUGUAUUAAAGCCAAAAUAGGAAAAUCUCCUGUGGAUGGGGAAAAAUUAAAAUCUAGAUAUAGUGGCAGCACUUAAGGACAUCAAGCAGGGACUAGGGCUUGUUUGUACUGGGCAAAGUCCAGACAAAUAGCAGCAGUGCUCUUGGUGACAAUUUGUAGCUACAUCUGUUUACGAUUAGAGUUGCAAAAGAUUAUGGUAAUGAUUUAGCAUGGUGUGCCUGUCCCCCGGAGCUGUUACUUCACUGCAGAAAUUGAUUUCACUGAUCUGUAGGAAGAGAUUCUUUCUGUUGCUUCAUGUCCUCCCUUGAAGCAAUAGGAUCAUGACAUCUGUGUCUGAUUAUGCUUAGGGUGUAGCUCUGAUUUCUAAGAAGCUGCAAGCUCGGAAUGACACUGGUGUCGGUAAAGUGCCACAGCCUCCUCACCUUGUGACCUUCUUCACCUCAUUUCUUUCACUGUGAUGGGGAAGAAUUGAAGGGUGUUCAGAGAGCUGCUGAUUAUGGGAAUCUUUGGCCUCAUCUUCCGUACACCAGUGGGAGUUGCUGUUCAGUUUCAGGUUUUUAAAUCAAGACAUUAGGAAAGGGUUAGUUACCUUAGUUUCAUGGCUGUUUAUCUUCAGUUCCUUCUGGGCUAGAAAUCAAGAUGGGCAAAAGCAAGUGGAGAAGCUGUCUUUGUACGGGUAGGCUAAACUGGCUAAGGGAAAUUACCUCAGAGGUAACUGAUGUGAAGUCUAGAGCGGGCACAGUUGCGCAGGGAUGACUACAGGUACAGCUGCCUCUUGCCAAAAAAACACCAGAAGGUGGCAAGGGAGUAGUCUUUGAAUCUGGAAAGAGCAAGAGCAUAAUCUGAUUGUUCCUCUUGUGGAAGGGGAAAGAAGUCAUAAUCUUGAAAGGCAUCAGAACAUAGGUGGGUAGACAUCAGAGAAUGAUUUAACAAGAAAGCCGUUGUAAGGCACUGGAGGUCAUGGCCUGACAGUUAAGGAAUCUUAAUCUUAAUCACUGGGGGCUUUUAAGACCAGAUCAGAAAUGCUUUGUUUAUGUGUUUAUAACAUGAGGGAGCAUUGAUCGUGCUUUGGGAUAGAAAGAUGGAUUA